AUGAAUUAUAUUUUGGUAGUUGUUUCAAACAAUAAAAACGACGAGGUGAACUUCCUGUGCGAGUACUACCACUCCGUCAUCCCCGUCGUCCUCGCGAGCCCUUUCUUCUUACUCGCCAACUACUUCCUGCUUCCCGUGGUGGUCCUCGGUUUGUGCCUUAUGACUGUCGUGCUCUGCGGCUUCGACGAUGCGGGCUUCGCCUUCUCCAGCAUCACGAGGGACAACUUCGCCAUAAAGUCCGGCGUCGUCAACACCACCAUGUGCCUCCUAAUCAAGUCCAUCUCCUCGCCGUCGGCCUUCUUCACGACGGUGGACUUUGCCAUCACCUUCCUCCUCUUAGCCAUCUUCUUCUACGAGGAGAUGUGGGAAUUCAUCGUCUUCCUCCUCUCAAACUGGUUCAUGGUGUCACUGGUCCACAACUACGUGACAAAGCGAUGGUGGCGUGAUAGCAAGAUGUUCAGGAGCUCUGUCCACCGCAUCAUAUGGUUGCGGAAAAAGAUGAGCCAGCCCAUCCUUGGCUUCAAGCAGUUCUCACUGCUGAACCUCCGGUGGCCGCUCGUCCUCGGCCUGCCAUCCAUGUUCUCUCUGGUGCUCGAGACGGCACCCGUGCCAAAAGGCGCCAAAUACGCCAUCAUGGAAUCGCUUGUGAAGCACAUCCAUGAUGGCACUGAUCUCAACAAUGGAAGCUCUGUUCUUGUGAACAGAGAAGACCUCUUGCCGGCGUGUCGGAGCGAUAGCCUCGCGGAGGUCAUCCUCACCUGGCACGUCGCUACCACCAUCAUGGAGGCCAAGUACUCUCCUGACAAGGGAAAGCAGAGCAAGGCUUCCCAGUACCACAUGGUGGCGACGAGGCUGUCCAAGUACUGCGCCUACCUGGUGGCCUUCCACCCCGAACUACUCCCGGACAACCAGGAAAAGUCAGAGCGCGUCUUCGAGGCCGCCAAGGAGGAGCUCAAGGCCACGCUCAAAUGCGCCCCCUACUACCUCUUGUGUUGGCGCUCGAGGGUCGACAAGGUCAUGGCGGCCCCCAACAGGGAGGCUACUGCGGCCUGGGAGGACGGCAAGGUGGUCCACAAUGGCACGAAGUUGGGGAAUAUGCUGAGGGAGGAACCUACGAGGGACGACGACACCCAGCGGGAGCAGACGUGGAAGCUGCUUGCCGACCUGUGGACGGAGCUCCUCGUGUACCUCGCGCCGUCGGGCGAUGAGGAGCGCGUGAUGGGGCACGAGAGUGUGCUGGUGCAGGGCGGCGAGUUCAUCACCGUGCUUUGGGCCUUGACCACCCACACCGGAAUAACCCGCCCCGAAAAGUAGUAUGGAUAUCUUUGCUGCGUGUGCGUUUUGGCCUAUGUGGCUUCAUAUUGGUUGGUUGCUUGCGUUUUUCUGUUUUCAUUAAAUUGUUUAUUUCUAAGCGGAUUGAGAACAUUUCAUUUGUAUUAAUAUUGUCAAUGAGCUGUUCACAAUCUUCCUAUUGCUAUGUUGGCCAGAAUAUUUUUUACAUAAAAUCAUCGAGAGCUCCGAACCGGCGCCCUUUGCGCCCCACUCUCAUGGGCCGGCCUAACAUGCAAGCUGCUCGCUUGGUCGGUCAACCCCGCUUCGUUCGCUCGUU